CGGUCCCUCUCUUCCAUAUUAGUUUCCAAAAGGCAUCUUUAAUGCUGACAGAGAGCACACUGUGAGGCAGCAAGAAAACGAGGCAAGCGGAUCGCUAUCUUUGUGACAGCUUUUCUGCUUGGCAGGCUGCGUGUGAGCUGGGAAGCUGGACUGGACUGUGAUGUUUCGUGGAGGAGGAGGGAGAGGAGGUGGAGGAGCAGGAGGGAGAAGUGAGGGGCAAGCUGGACAUAUGGAGGACGGCACCCAGCAUCUGGGACACUGCAUGGUUGACAUGAAGGAGCUGAGCGCCAACCCUGAAGGACUGAGCGCUGCCGGUGUUAUUCUAACACCCAAGCUGCCUCAGGUGGAGUUCAGCCUCGCCUGUAAUGAUCUGGUGGCCUCAGGCAGAGACAGGAAGCCCAAUGCUUUGGUCCAGGUGGCUGUCAUAGAUCCCUACAAGCAGCACCUUGUGUCUCAAGCCUGCACAGAGAUAGUUGAGGCAAACAAAGACCCGCUGUUUCUGACGGGGGUGGCCUUCCCCUCAGAGUAUCCUGCUAGCCCCGAGACCCUAGUCAAGCUAACUGUGUACGAUGCAAAGGACAAGAACCAGGAAUCUAGCAGCUUCCUGGGUAGUGCUACAUUUUCAGUAGGGGAUCUGCUGAGAGCUAAAGAUGAACAACUGACCUUGAGUCUCAGGUCAUCUGAUGGUGUGUGUGCUGCUGGAACAGUGGUGGUGAGCCGUCUGAAGAUGGGGGAGAUGGAGGAGGUUGAUGUAGACCACAUCACCACCGACAUACCAUCACAGAAGUGUCCGUUGGUUUGUGAGUCUGCGCACCAUUCCUGCGUGGACAGAGAAAGUAACCCACUGACAGGGCCAGUGUUCAGGAAUCCAGUAUGCAAGGUGUACAGAUUUCAAACAGUGGACAGCAAGUGGAUGUUUGUGCGGGAACAAAUGGAGGAGUGUACUUUGUCGUUUAGCAUCCCCAAACAGCUACUGUCGCUUUACAUUCAGGAGGACAUGAGUAGGGUGCAGGAUCUGAGGGAGCUGGGGGACCUUUCUCCUCACUGGGACAACUUAAGGAAGGAGGUGAUGACACGAUAUGGAGGAAUCAUCAGUUCCUACCAGGAGACUUUGGCUGAACUGGACAAGAUUACCGGUCAUUCGUUCAAGCCCAGCUGCUGCAAAGCUCAGAAGUCUCUGGAGUUUAUCCCAAUAAACUUGCACACCCAGAGGAUGAGGGUGACGUGCCCCAAAAAAACAGAUGCUUUCUACGACAUCGUCACUGUCGGUGCCCCUGCAGCCCACUUUCAGGGCUUCAAGUGUGGUGGUCUGCAGCGACUCCUCAGCAGAUACGAAGCAGAGAAAAAGAGCUUCAGCACUGCCUACCAGUGUAUCUACUACUCCCCAGAGCACACAGCCAAAGCCCAGGAGGUCCUCAGCACGAUGAGCCUCCUCCAGCCCCUCAUCACAAGCUUAGCGGACCAGCUCCUCCAGGCUGCCCAUGAGCACUCUUCUCCUGGACUGAGGGAUGCACUCAAGAACCUCUCUGACAAGACAGAACAAUUUGUUCACACACUUAAGGAUGAAUUGGUCAAGAGUGCACUGCUAGCGUUGCAUGCAGCCCAGCCGGGGUUCGUCUCCAAGAACCAGAAGCAGACCCCAGUGCCGGGGAAACACCAAGGCCAGGGCGGUGACCAGAAUCAGAGUCCGGUCCAGGGACUCCCAGGCCACAGUCCAGCCGCAUCCGUCACCGAGAGCACAGUGGUGUGUAACAAUGUGGAGGGAUCACAAACCAUGACUGGGGGAGAAGGUGGGCUUUUGCAGCCGAAGCACCAAGACUCCAUACCGCACCAUAAAGAGUAUGACGAGGAGGAAUGGGACAGGGUUUGGGCUAACGUGGCCAAAUGUCUCAACUGUGUAAUCGCCAUGGUGGAUAAACUGCAGGAGGAAGACAGCAGCAAGCAGGAGUCGGUCCCUGAGCAGCAGCUGGCUGACGUCAUCACCUCACACAAUCCAGGUGACUGGAGGGAGCAGUUGUGUCCUCUGGUGACCAGGUUAAAGGAGUGUGUGAUGGAGGUGGCGGAGAAGGCGAAGAGAGCCAUGACCUUUGUGCUCCUGCAGGAGGCAGCCUGCAGCAUUCCACAGGGUUUCCUCCUCCAGCAGAGAAGAGACGUGGUCUUCAGUCAGGCACUGGCAGCCUUGGCCUGUGGUUUCGUCAUGAGGUUGUACGCAGGAAUGCAAGACAAAGGCUUCCUGAGGCAGCUCCACCUCGUUGGCCUGGUGGCCCAGUUUGAGAGCCUGCUCAGCACCUACAGUGAGGAGAUCGGGAUGCUGGAGGACAUGGAGGUUGGAAUCUCAGACCUGCAGAGAGUCGCAUUCAAGAUUACAGAGGCCAAGACGGAUGAACUCGGUGAUCUCCAGCCUUUAGUGUGUGGCCGACGAGACCACUUCACUGUAGAAGUGCCAUUACCACAGCUGGUUUUCCAGACCUUGCCAGAGGAGAUCAAGGAGGGCAAGCCUCUACGAGUGUUCCCGGUGCUGUUUAACGUGGGCAUCAAUGAGCAACAAACUAUAGCAGAGAGGUUUGGAGACAUCUCCCUGCAAGAAAGAAUAAACCAGAAGAACUUUGAGACGUUAGAAGCCUAUUACAAAUCGUUAAGUGAAAAGGUGCCACUAGAAUGUCUACCAUGUUUCCAGACACAGACUGACAUAAAGGAAUUACUUGAAACCUUGGGGCAGAAUGUAGUGACGAAGAAGAGAAAGAAUGUGGAGAUACUAUGGAUUGCUGGAACCAUCUGCCGAAGAUUAAAUGGCAUCAGGUUUACCAGCUGUAAAAGUGCCAAAGACCGAACAUCCAUGUCUGUCACAUUAGAGCAGUGUGCCCUCCUGCGUGAUGAACACCAGCUCAGCAAGGACUUCUUCGUUCGUGCUCUGGACUGUAUGCGGAGGGAAGGAUGUCGGAUUGAGAACGUGCAAAAGAACAUUAAAUGCAGGAAAUAUGCCUUCAACAUGUUGCAGCUGAUGGCCUUUCCCAAGUGCUACCGACCUCCGGAGGGGACGUACGGCAAAGUGGACUCUUAAAGACACACACCACGUACUGUAAAACGACUAAUCCGGCGUCAUCCAAGCAGAAUGAUGCAGAUGAAUGCUUAGAAAUAACAGGGAAUAUGUAAAAUGUGUUGUUCAUAAAAACCCUAGCUGGAUGGUUUUUUUCCUUCUGUUAAUGGCUGUUUUUCUGUUUCUCUGGUAUGUGAUGAGGGUGCAUACAUUAGUGUAGAGAAAAGGGAUUCAUUAGAUAAGUUGGAUUUGCCAAACGUGUUUCCUGUUAAAAUAAAUGCACUUUCUCAUUGAUUUUUCAUGGCCCAGGCAGCAAUAAACAGUCCAACUGUGUGGGAAAACCCAAGCUGUACAUAGUCUAUGUGUGUGUGUGUGUGUGUGUGUGUGUGUGUGUGUGUGUGUGUGUGUGUGUGUGUGUGUGUGUGUGUGUGUGUGUGUGUGUGUGUGUGUGUGUGUGUUUAUAUGAUGUCAUUGAUCCUUUAACCCUUUAAGACUCACCAUUGUGCAAGUCCGCCAGGACAUAUUUUUACAUUUUUACAUGCUGUAGUGCCAUUUUUUGGAGUAUUUUUAUUUGCUUUACAUCAAAAUAACCCUGAUAUCCCAAUUUUUAAUAUGUAUUGACUUAUGUCUUAACUACUACCAAAAAUUGCUUAAAAGUGCAAUAAACCUUUAAAAAAUGAAAA